AUGAUGACCUCUCCACAAAAGUACCCUAAAGGAACAGGAAGAGGCAGCAGUGCUCACAGCCAGGGCUACCAGGGGCAGCAUUGCUCACAGCCAGACCAACAGAGCAAACAGGACAAAGCUGGGAUCCAGGGUGCAGGGGCGCGCCUGGGGCGGCGCGGUGGGUGGCGUCAGCGCGUUGCCAGGCAACCGAGGCCACCGCAGCACCCGGGGCAACGACGCAGCAGCGGGGGCCGGAAGUCUGAGGGGCUCGGCCGGGCCGCCCGCAGCCAGAAGCCCUCAAGCCCGGACUGGACGCCCCGCCAGCCGCGACGCGCUUCAGAUCGGCCCACAGUCCAGUCAAAUCCCGGGAGCCCGGGACCGCCAGGCCCGCCGUGGCCGCCCCGAGGCCUCCCCGCGCUCACACACACACACACGCACCCACCCUCGCCCCGUGUGGCCCGCGAGUCGACGCCAGCCUCCCUGAGGACAGCGGGCGGGUCCGGCGGGGUCUCUCCUCAGACCCGCGCUCGCCAGCGGCGGCCGCUUCGAACCUGUGCGAACAGCUUCAGCGCCUCUCCGCAGCCGCCCCGCGGGCUCCGCCCCCAACCGCCGAGCGGCGCGGCUCCGCCCCCUACGGAGGCCAGAGCGGCGAGAAGUUGGCGCGAGAGACCGCGCGGCCCACAGCGCCCCCUGCAGUCCCGGAAGUCGCACAACCACAGUGCGCGCCCGGCUAGCCUGGCUUAG